GCCACACAUAAAUAUUUCCACCACUCUACUUCACUCCUCGCUUAGUGGAGUAGUACAGUACAAGUUAUCCCAGCACAUGCAAUCCCCUUCGCCGGAAAACAUGGCCGGAGAUUGGAAAAGGGCCAUCGGAGAGUUGAUUCGUGGCCAGAAGUUAACCAAACAACUAUGGGACUUGUUAAAGAACCCUCCUGGAGACGACGGCAAGCCUAAGGUUGCCGACGAUCUACUGCUGCAAAUCUUGGGAACUUUCGACAAGAGCCUUUGGAUUCUUAAGUCGUCGAUCGACACCGCCGAUGAGGUUUCCCAGGGCGGCGCCGGCGCCCCCAGCUCGCCGUGCUACGACGGCCGGAGAUCGGAGGAUUCCAGUGGUAGCUGCAAGACUUUUGUGAAAGAUCGGAGAGGAUGCUACAAGAGGAGAAAAACUUGUGAAUCACAAAUCAAAGAAUCCCCAAAUUUGGUGGAUGAUGGUCAUGCAUGGAGGAAGUAUGGACAAAAAGUGAUUCUUAAUUCCAAAUAUCCAAGGAAUUACUUUAGGUGCACCCACAAAUUCGACCAGGAUUGCCAAGCAACCAAACAGGUCCAAAGAAUGGAAGAUGAUCCACCGUUGUACCGUACAACAUACCUAGGGAAGCACACAUGCAGGAAUUUACAGAAAUGCCCUCAGAUCUUCCAGCAGCCCGAGGACGCCUCUGUCAUACUCUGCUUUGGGCAAAACAGUAAAAGUGACAUGUACACUUGUCUUCCCACAUUCUCUUCCUCCAUCAAACACGAAAACAAUCCCCACGGCAGCCGCAUCGGAUCCUCGACCUCCGACUGUUUCGUGCCGUCCGACGACCGUCUCGGCUCGCCGUACGACACCGCCGGCCACGUGGCGCCGCUGUCGUCGGCGUCGGAUUACGGGGAAGUCAUCUCCUCCGGCGGCACAAUGGAUAUGAGCCAAUUCAUCGGCUCCGACGUAGUCGACGACAUCGACGAUUUCCUAAUAAUCUAAUAUACUAGCACGUAUACUCGUGCCUAAUUAUUCCUUUUCCUUUUUGCUCUCUCUUUUUCUUUUUUUAAUGUAAAAAAAAAAUGUGUACUUUAUCUCGUUGUGAAAUGAACAAUUUGUAGUGAUGUAUUUACAUUACAAGUUGUAAUAUUAUUUGCUGUUAGUUACGUAA